AUGGCCUUCUACACCGAGCCCAUGAACCUGUGUGAGCGGUUUCUGAACUGGUUCCGUGAGUGGAUCGAGAUCUGGCACAUCUGGGUGGUCUCGAUUGGGACUCUAUUGGUAAUGACAGUCGUCUGUCUGGUCGCAUUGUUCAACGAAUCGUGAGUUUUUGUUGAUUAUUAAUCGGUAAACAAGUAAUUCGAAGUGUUUUAGGUAAAAGCAAGUUCGUUUCCUGAUUCUUUCUCUUUCCUUUCAAGUUUAUAAAAAACCUUAUCAUUAUCAAAUCAAUGACAUCGCUUAUAAUAAUAUAAUUAAAGUAAACUUUUUAAUCUUGUUUUAGCAAAACCCAAUAUUAUUUACAUUAUAUUACACUAUAUUGUGUUACAGAACCUGUGACGACGGUAGGGUCUGUGAUAAGUUCUUUCGCCGUGUCCAAAUCGUUGCAACGGAAGUGACCAAAGACAAGGUGUCUUAUGGCAUUAUGGCUUUUCUGGGUGUUGUGUUCGUAUUCCCCUUCCUGGUACUGUUCAUCUCCCUGAGGGUUAUUGGACCUUACGAGAGGAAGAACGCUGUGAGAGAGAACAGGAUCUUCUCCUUGUUCUGA